GCAACUGAACAGCCACGUCUUUUGUAAUUAAAAGAUCUAUUAAGACAAAUAAUUUCGUCGAGAAUUGAUUUUAAAUGAUUGCCGUCAGGAUUGGCUUGGGUAUCCUGUGCAACUUGUAACGAAGCAGCACUUUUAAUACAGAUGGCCGUUCAGUGUGUGUCAAAAAUCGAGCUCUCCAUCUCUUGCAGUAAUCUGCUGGAUAAAGAUGUUGGAUCCAAAUCUGAUCCCCUCUGUGUUCUGCUGCAAAGUGUUGGGGAAGACCAAUGGACAGAGGUGGACCGUACAGAGAGAAUCAAAAAUUGCCAGGACCCCGAGUUCUCAAAAAAAUUUCUCAUCGACUAUUACUUUGAGAAGGUGCAAAAACUAAAGUUUGGCGUUUAUGACAUCGACAACAAGUCUGUUGAUCUCAAAGAUGAUGACUUUCUGGGAGGCUUUGAAUGUACCCUUGGUCAGAUUGUGUCAAGCAGGAAGUUGACUCGACCCCUUCAGCUCAAAGCCAACAAACCAGCUGGAAAAGGUGCAAUAACGAUCACAGCUGAUGAAGUGAGAGACAACAGAGCUAUUGUGCUGGAGAUUGAAGCCAAAAACCUUGAUAAGAAGGAUCUGUUUGGGAAAUCUGAUCCUUUCCUGGAAUUUUUUAAGCAAGGAGAAGAUGGGAAAUGGCAGCUAGUUUACAGGACAGAGGUCAUCAAGAAUAAUCUGAAUCCAUCUUGGAAAAAGUUUACAGUCUCCCUGCAUACAUUCUGCAAUGGUGACAUAAACAAACCCAUUAAGGUUGAUUGUUAUGAUUAUGAUAGCGAUGGCUCUCAUGAUCUCAUUGGUGUGUUUCAAACUAAUGUGUCAGAUCUGCAGAAAGCAGUUCAUGGCUCUCCGGUUGAAUUCGACUGCAUUCAUCCAGAUAAGCAGAAGAAAAAAAAGAAUUAUAAAAACUCUGGAGUCGUCAGGAUUAAAUAUUGCAAGCUGGAGGCACAGUAUUCAUUUCUGGAUUAUGUAAUGGGAGGUUGCCAAAUUAACUUCACGGUGGGCAUUGACUUCACUGGGUCUAAUGGAGACCCCCGCUCUCCUGACUCUCUGCACUAUCUCAGUCCUAAUGGUGUGAACCAGUAUCUGUCAGCCAUCUGGUCCGUUGGUAUGGUGGUCCAAGACUAUGACACUGAUAAACUUUUCCCAGCCUUUGGAUUUGGUGCUCAAGUACCUCCAGACUUCAAGGUGUCCCAUGAGUUUCCACUGAACUUCAACCCUAGUAGCCCAUAUUGCCAAGGAAUUCAAGGCGUUGUGGAUGCAUACCGUGCAGUUUUGCCUCAGGUCCGUCUCUACGGUCCUACCAACUUCUCGCCAAUUAUCAAUCACGUGGGCCGUAUUGCAGCUGGAGCCGCCCAGCAGCCAAAUGCAGCUCAAUACUUUGUGCUGUUGAUUAUCACCGAUGGAGAAAUCACUGAUCUUGACCAGACCAAGCAAGCUAUUGUGAACGCCUCCAAACUGCCCAUGUCCAUCAUUAUCGUGGGGGUUGGAGAGGCAGACUUUAAGGCCAUGGAAGUUUUGGAUGGGGACAAUGGAGUUCUCAAAUCUUUGUCUGGAGAGCCGGUGGCCAGGGAUAUUGUGCAGUUUGUUCCGUUCAAACAGUUUGCCAAUGCGCCUAAAGAAGCUCUGGCUCAGAGUGUUUUGGCUGAGGUGCCAAAUCAGCUUGUGUCAUACUUUAAAAUGAGAAACUUGGGUCCUGUCAACCCUCCAGCACUGACCAAGUAGACCCAGGUUAGCAAUAGUAGAUGUGUCAAUGUGAUCCAGUUAGCUUUAGAAGUUAGUUAGAAUGACUGCGGACCACCACUAGAGGGAGCCACAGUUCCUACAGGAAGAACCAUGGGGACGUUACGAGCCAUUAUGCAGACCAUUCAUACGCCACUUCAAUACUUUUUUAUAUUAUGCAAUCAAUUUUUCUCUAUAUACCCUUCUAAUUCAUAUAUUCCUUUAAUCUUUCAACACGGAUACUGGUUCUCUAUUCCACGACUGAGUUAUUCUCUUCCAAUUUCUGUUUUAUAGAUUUAUUUUUCUGUACGGUGAUAUGUGUUUUUUAUAAUUUGUUUAUGAUACAGAUGCCUUAAUUUCCGUAAAUCAUGACAAUAUUUGAAUGAAAUCAAAUUGUGGCACUUGCACAGCUUUUUUAUAUGCAAUAUUAUAUGCAAUAUCUGAAUCUGAAAUGCUGGUAUAUACUCCGCACUUUCUGGUCUAUAUGCUUAGAUUAGGGUUGAAGUGUGUAUAACGUAAUCUGCCAUAGAUUAACAUCCUAAAUUGAAAAUCAUAAUUACUAGCUAGAAACUAACCAAAGAAAAGCAAAUUUUUGCUUUAAUUGCUGUUGUUAUUUUUUAUUGAGAUAUAAAAAUAAUUUAAUAUGCAUAUAUGUGUACUACUAAAUUAGUAGUAAUGCCAACAACUAGGAUAGUGAAAUAGUGUAUGAAAUACAGUGCAUCAGUUAUAUAGGCAUUAUAUAUAGAUGUUGGGACCAGAUGUUGGUUGUAGUGAAUCUAGAAAUGUUUUGACAAUACCCCAUGUGCCAUUUAGUGUUUUACAGAUGUAUCUGUAAUGACAGAAAUCUUGCUGUUAAUGUUUGCACCUUAAUUUGCACAGUAGAGGAAAUCUGCCCUUCUUCGCUAUAGAGCUAUUAAAAUGAGUGCACAUAUACACUUAAACUUGCCAAGUAAAGCCUUAUCUUGUUUAAACAAUACUAGUCUUCAAUUGAUUUAAAUAGAAAAUAAUAUUGUAACUAUAUUAUAUUUUCCUCCCUUUGUUUUUUGUUUUGUUUAAUGAAUAUUGAUGAUUGAGUGAUGUUUACUUUACACAGCAACAUGUUGGGAAGUUAUGCUAAAUAAAAUUGCUUUAUUAACACACAUUCACUACUUUGACUGUUUUAAGGGAAAUCGUGGUGUUUGUCUUAAGUUCAGGCACUAGGUGUCGAUUUUCUUUUCAUUCUUGGUUCACCAACUGCUCACCUGUUCACAAUUAUCAUAUGCAAACAGUAUGGUGCCUGGGGAUCACUCACUCACUCCUUUAGACAUUCAAGUGUGUUAUCUUGAGAUGGAUCGUACUGGCUGAAAUGUUUAGUGUCACCUGAAAGCUUUUUAACCAAGUGUUAAGUGUUGAAUUGAGUUUUGUAUGGAUUAAACUAUGAGGACUACCUGA